AGGAAAGCCCAUUCAUUUCAUCCAUGCUUCUCAUUAAAAACAUCUUCAACCCGACCCCUACUCUCCUCGGAGUUGUUUAUUUGAGUAUCAAACAUACAUUCUUCUAGUAGUGCCGCCACCGCCUCUGCUUUUAUUUCAACCUCACUUCUCUUGCUUUUCCAUUUUGCUUAAUUUCAAUAUAUGGGUAAGCUUCAUUCUUCAUUACUUCUUCCUUCUAUUGUUAACGGUGGAAAGCAUAUUUCUUCUUCUUUUUUUUGCUCUUUUAUUUCUUCUUCUUCUAAAACCAUUGCUACCCACAUCCAACCUUUCACUAAGAAUUCCAUGUCUGUAAGGGGAAAUCCAAAAAAAGUAUUAUCGCUUUGAUAAUGUUGAUGAUGCUUUUAAUUUGUUUAAUAAGAUGAUUCAGAGGUACCCAAAGCCAUCAAUUGUGGAAUUCACUAAAUUAUUAGCUGCCAUUGUUAGAAUGAAACAUUAUGCCAUUGCUGUAUCGAUGUGUAGCCAGAUGGAAUUAUUAGGAGUUUCCUGGGAUGUUUAUUCUUUGAGCAUCUUGGUUAACUGCUUUUGUUAAUUAGGUCAAAUUGAUCUUGGUUUUUCUGUUUUGGGGAACAUGCUGAAGUUAGGUGUUGAACCUCAUGUUGUAACUUUUUCCACUUUGAUGCAAGGUAAGAUUUCUCAGGCUGUAAGAUUGUUUGAUGAAAUGGUUGAAAAUGGGUAUCAACCUAAUUUAAUUGUUUACGGUACAAAUAGUGUAAAACCGGGAAUACUGAUAGAGCUGUCAGGCUUCUAAGGAAUGAUGAAAAGGUUUCGACCCCAAUACUGUAACAUAUAGCACUGUCAUUGACGGUCUCUGUAAGAAGGGAUCACUAAAUGAGACUCUCCACCUUUUCUCCCAAAUGAAGGUUAAGAGCAUUAGACCAGAUAUAGUUUCAUAUAAUAUAUUGAUCGAUGCACAUUGCAAGGAUGGGAAGAUUUUUGAGGCAACAGAUACCGUUGACACAAUGAAAAAGCAAGGCAUUGAGCCUGAUGUUGUUAUAUAUUGGUUGAUGCGUAUUGUAAGGAAGGAAUGGUUUCUGAAGCUAAAGAUGUUGGCACAAUGAUAAAGCAAGGCAUUGAGCCUGAUGUUGUUACAUAUAAUAUAUUGGUUGAUGCGCAUUGCAGGGAAGGAAUGGUUUCUGAAGCUGAAGAUAUUGUUGACGCAAUGAUAAAGCAUAACAUUGAGCCUAAUGUUGUUACCUAUAGUGCAUUAAUAAAUGGUCAUUGCUUGCAAAACAAGAUGGAUAAAGGUAGAAAGGUAUUUCAGUUGAUGAUUAAGAAGGGUUGUGCACCUGAUAUAUUUAGUUACAACAUCAUGAUCAAUGGAUAUUACAAAGCUCAAAGGAUAGAUGAAGCAAUGGAACUCUUUCAUGAAAUAUCCCAAAAAGGACCAAACCCGGAUAUUGUCACGUACAACACUCUUAUGCAAUGUAUGUGUAAACUAGGGAGAGUUUCAUCUGCAUGUGAACUUUUGAGGAAGAUGAUUGCUUUUGGACAAGUUCCAAAUGUAGUGACCUGUUCAUUUUUGUUGAAUGGUUUAUGCAAAAGUGAUAAACUCGAAGAGGCUUUGGAACUUUUUCAAGCAAUGCGGAACAGCAAGUUGGAACUUGAUACUGUCUGUUAUAAUAUCCUAAUUGAUGGCUUAUGCAAAUCUGGGUAUAUUGAAGUUGGAAAGGAAUUAUUUCAUAAACUCUCAGUCAAUGGUUUGAAGCCCAGUGUUUACAAUUUCUAUAAUGAUUAACGGAUUUUGCAAAGAGGGAUUGCCUGAUGAAGCUUACCUGUUGUUUAGGAGCAUGGGAGAUAAUGAUCCAGGGGUUUCUUUGAAACAGCUAUACUUCAAAGGCAACACAAGUUCUUAAGGAAAUGGUCAGUGAGGGCUUUUCUGCAGAUUUACACACUGCCACUUUAUUUUUGGAUCUGAUCUUAUGAUCUGAUGAAUCAAUCUUGAUCUGAAAUGUUUUCUUAGAUUGGUACCUUCACCUUUACCUUUCUUCAUUGGGAUGGCUGUUUCCUGGUAAUUGGAGCUCGUAUUCAGCACCAAUGAGAAUACUGUGAGCUAAUCCUCAACGCUAAAACUGAAAAAGUUAAAAAAAAGCUCAAAGCUUCACUUGCCAAAGGCUGAAGCAAAUGGCUGGUCUCAAUCAGCAACUUGAGCAGGGAUAGGAUUUGUGCUGCAGGUAGCAUUAUAUAGGUCAGUGAAUGGAAUGCUCUGUAGCAUCCUGUUGCUUUGGCAUUCAUUCAAACCAAGUUUGGUCGAUGACAGGUAUGUUGAUAACAAGAGAUAUAUUGCAAGUUGCCUUUCAUCCUUUAGCUGAGCAGGUUCAUCUUAGGUCAAGGGACUUUUUCACAGGGUCUUCUUGGGGGGUUCCACCUUAGACAAAAUUUCCUAGUUGUCCCUUGUUUGAUUCAUUCUACUCUCGUAAGGAAGUCGACCUUUUUCUUUGUUCAUUUGAACUAGAAGGGUUGUUUAUUAUGUAAAAGAUACAGCUAAACAUUAGUAGUAAAAAACUUGUUUUUGUCCUGAGCAGUAGUAGCCAUUUGAAAAUGAGCUUUCUUGUGGGGUAUGGGGAAAAGAUACCCACAAUAUAUGUGCAUCACAGAGACCAGCUGGUGCAACAACCGGUUGUGCUGGUGGCCUCAUUUGGCUGUUGGAGGCAUUGUGGGUGGGCCUUUUCAUGUGAAUUGGUUUCAUGGUUUAGGGGGAUAUAGGAAUAAUAUAAUGCAAUGUAACUACAUUUUUUUUUUUGAAUUUUGGAGAUGAGACUUUUUUCUUCAUUAUUGGACAUUGAAAUAAAAAUUCUGGCCAAUACUGAUGAUGAUCGUAUUUUCUAGCAUCUUAAUGAACCAUCAAUCACACAAUGAUUCAAGUAUCUAGUCAUAAACAGAACCAAAUUCACGUAAAGAAAUUUGGAGGAAAAAUGAAA